AUGGCAGACCAACGUCCUUCGGUAACCCUCCCCCAGGGCAAAGUCAUCGGAAUCCAAAUCAACGACGACUUCCCACAGCCCGUCGAUGCAUUUCUAGGCAUCCCCUACGCGCAGUCUCCAGUCGGUGACUUGCGCUUCCGCCCCGCGGUCAAAGUCGCACCCUCAACAGAGACCAUCGACGCUUCGAAAUACGGCCCUAUAGCACCAGGAAAAGCCCUCCUGCAAACAGGCCCAAAGCUCGAACAGAGCGAGGACUGCCUCACAGCAAACGUCUUCCGCCCUAGCAACCCUAAUGGAAACUACAAACCCCUUCCUGUCGCAAUCUACAUCCAUGGCGGGGCCUUCAACCGCGGCUCCGCAUCCAUGCACAACACGGCGCCAAUGGUCGCGUGGUCGGCGGAGCCGUUUAUCGCCGUGAGUUUCGGGUAUAGACUCGGUGCGCUGGGGUUCUUGCCUUCGAGCGUGAGUAAGGAGGAAGGCGUGUUGAAUCUGGGGCUGCGCGAUCAGGUCCGCCUUAUGGAGUGGGUGCAGGAGAAUAUUGCGCUGUUUGGCGGGGAUCCCGGGGCUGUUACGCUUGUUGGGUUGUCGGCGGGAGCACAUUCGAUCGGCCACCACCUCCUCAACUACAACGGUGUGGAUAAACCGCUCUUCCACCGCGUGAUCAUCGAAUCCGGCGCGCCCACAUCCCGCGCCGUGCGCCCCUACAAUGCCUCCAUCCACGAAGCCCAAUUCGCCGACUUCCUACACGAAGUCGGCUGCCCGCCCUCCCUCCCGCGAAACGAAAUCUUCCCCUUCCUCCGCUCCCUCCCCACGGAAACAAUCACAUCAGCACAAACCGCCGUCUUCGACAAAUACAAUCCCUCCCUCCGCUGGGCCUUCCAGCCAGUCAUCGACGGCGACCUCAUCCCGCGCGCGCCACUGGAUGCAUGGCGCCAGGGCCUCUGGCACAAGGUACCCAUCCUAACGGGCUUCACCACGAACGAGGGGACGAUGUACGUCGAUAAGACUAUGGACAACCCCAGCGCAUUCCGCGCCUUCUGGGCGGAGCUCCUACCUGCGCUUUCAAGCGAAGAUCUCGAUACGAUUGAGAAGCUCUACCCGGAUCCGUCUACACGAACUGACUCACCUUAUAUCGAGACGAGAGAGGGACAUGGGUUAGGUUCGCAGUAUAAACGUAUCGAGGCGGCGUAUGCGCAUUAUGCGUAUGUCGCGCCGGUUCGACAGACGGCGGAGUUUGCUUCGGCUCAGAAUCCAGGGUCUGUAUACUUAUAUCAUUGGGCGUUACCGCGGACUGUCGUGGGUCGCGCGAACCAUGCGGAUAAUAUGUACUACGAGACGUAUAACAAGGCCAUUACAGGGAUCAGUGAGACGCAGAAAAAGCUUUCGGGUGUGCUGCAUGCGUAUCUGACUAGUUUUAUCGUAUCUGGGGAUCCGAAUGGAGUCCGGGGCGGGUUAUAUGGUGAUCGACCGGUUUGGGGCGUUUAUGAGCCGGACACGCCGAAAGUGCUGGUGUUUGGGGAGGGAAUCGAGGAGCUUGUUGGUGGGGAGAACCGUGGGGAUGGGGUUGUUGCGGAGUUUGUGGAUGAUACGUGGGCGAGGGGGGAUACGGGGGAGACGGAGUUUUGGUGGGGGAAGGUCGAGGUUUCGCAAGUUGCGUGA